AUCCAUCCAUCCAUCCUCCUCAUUCCUCCGCGGCUCUAUAGACUCCCGCUGCGCUGACCGGCCACCGACAGCAGAGAGGAGGGGAACUACAUGACUGAAGAGCGGGGACUUCACGGGCGCGCGCGUGUGUGUGUGUGUGUGUGUGUGUGUGUGUGUGUGUGUGUGUGUGUGUGUGUGUGUGUGCGGACCGUGCACUGACUGACUGACUGAGGUCAAGGUGGGAGGUUCGGUCGUAAAUGGUUGGACGGGAUGCUGCAGCCCGACAGCCAAUUUGUCGCCCGGUGUUGUUCAGGACAGAGGACCUGGAUGUGCGCGGUUCUGCCGGGGAGAGGCCUGACUAUGUCCACUGGAGCAAGAUCAUGACUUCGCUCAACGAGUCAGACGAGACCUCCCCUCCCUUCUUCCCUCUCUCCUCCGUUGAGCACAAUUUCUCCCACUUUAUCACCCACGACCCCUCCUCCUUCCCCACCUCCUCCUCCUCCUCGCUGACGUCCUCUAACUGCACCAGCUCCCCGUCAGCCCCCUCUCCUCUGUACAACUUCUACGCGGUGCUGCUGGUGCUCCUGAUCUUCUGCGUGGUGUUCGGUAACGUGCUGGUGUGUGUGGCCGUGUCGCGGGAGCGCGCUCUGCAGACCACCACCAACUACCUCAUCGUCUCGCUGGCUGUGUCCGACCUGCUGCUGGCCACGCUGGUCAUGCCCUGGGGCGUCUACCUGGAGGUGGUGGGGGAGUGGCGCUUCAGUCUCAUCCACUGUGACAUCCUGCUCACCCUGGACGUCUUGAUGUGCACCGCCAGCAUCCUCAACCUCUGCGCCAUCAGCAUUGACAGAUACACAGCGGUGGCCAUGCCGAUGCUCUACAACACCAGAUACAGCUCCAGGAGGAGGGUGACGGUGAUGAUUGCUGUGGUGUGGUUUCUCUCUUUUGCAAUCUCCUGCCCUUUACUGUUUGGACUCAACAACACCGCCAGCCGGGAUGGCACCACAUGCAGCUUUGCCGAUCCGGCCUUCGUGGUGUACUCAUCUGUGGCCUCCUUCUACGUCCCCUUCAUUGUCACGUUGCUGGUGUAUGCGCAGAUCUGCGUGGUGCUGCGCAAGCGAGGCAGACGCACCGCCCCGCCGCACAGACACGGCCUGCACACACAAGGCACGGCUGAGGCGGGAGAAGGUCACCGACACAGGAAGAGCAAGUGUACACAACCAGAGGAUGUGAAGCUGUGCACCCUGAUUUUGAGGCCCGCCACCGCUGGCCCACAGCGCAAGAAAGUGACCCUGGUGAAGGAGGCGGUGGUUCACCCCCUCGAAGUGGAGGCGGGUCGGUUCCUGCCGCAGACCGAGCAGAGCCUGGCUCCUCCUCCUGCUCCCCAGACCGCCUCCCACUCGGGACGGGCCAGGAUCUCCCUGGCCAUCUCAGUUGGACCUGCCCCGGUUCAUCCAUCCACCGUGACACGAUCGGCCCUGAUGCCCCGCCCCCCCACCCUCGAGGACGGCAUGAGGGGGCGCGAGGGAUGGAGGGAGCGCAAUGGAGGGAGAGAUAAAUGGGGGAUCACCAAGGAGAGGGUGAGAGGGAGGCUGUCGCAGCAGAAGGAGCGGAAGGCGACACAGAUGCUCGCUAUCGUGCUCGGUGUGUUCAUCAUCUGCUGGUUGCCUUUCUUCCUGACCCACGUGCUGAAAGCCCACUGCAGGAGCUGCUGUAUCUCGCCCUCACUGUACAGCGCUGUCACCUGGCUGGGAUACCUCAACAGUGCCGUCAACCCUGUCAUCUACACCACUUUCAACAUCGAAUUUCGCAAAGCCUUCAUCAAGAUCCUGCACUGCUGAGAGCUGGGGAGAUGAGAAGUGUCAACUGUCAGGGUUUUUAAAAAAGCCUGACGUUGGUUUGACAUCAGAGGUGAGAGAAAAACAAGUAGUCUGCAGUUUUGAUACGCAGGAAGGGGGGGGGCAACAGAUUGGCAACUGAUGCGUUAGGUAGUUCAAGCUUCUCAGAGAAGACUGAAGAAAAACAGAAAACAUGUCAUUCAGUGAGAAUGAAGACAGGAAAAGACGCUACUAGACGAUGAUAAAAAGAGAGUGUGACAAGUAAAAGACAGCUACAAGAAAACACACAAGGCUGGAAAUAUUUAUGGAGAAGACAUGCACUGUGUUGUGUACAUACAGACUCUAAGGGGAAUAUGUGAGGACUGAUGUCUCCACAGCAUCCAGACUGAAAGACUCCCUUAGACGUGACUGCUUUUCUAAUACAUGAUUUGUGUCAGACUUCAGCUGUUGUACUUUCUUGUAAUCCUGAACAAUCAGCAUGUCGUUAUUUGUGCGCAUGUGCUCGUCUUUCUCAGAGGACUGGAACAAGUCGAGGCAAAGAGAAAAAACCCAGGAGUCCAGUACAAACGUUUCUUUGUUUGUUUAACUCUCAUGCCCAAGGCUCGAUCAUUAUAUACACUUUUUUGAAAACACACUGAAGUUGCAUCAAGGCAGAAUUAUUCAUUUGGUGAUUGAGCGCACGUUCGAAAUCAGCAGACAGUGAAAAAAGCUUUCACCUAGUAAAUUUGUACAUUUUUUGCUUUAAAUAAAUG